ACACCUUCACACAAAGAUGCAAACAAAAGAUGAUACAUACAUAAAGAUAAUGCCACAUUGCCACCCACCAAAAGUCUAUACAUACAUUGUAUAAACACACCUUCACCCAUUUUUCCUAUACCCAUUACCCCCCACCGCCCCUCACCUUCACCAAUUUGCUUUCUUUCUUUCUUUUCUUUUUUUGCCCUGUUUGAUAGGGUUUCUUGAUGACCUCUUGCCUUCCAGCCCUCUGAUGCAUCUAGUUCUUGAAGCUCUACUGAUCAUCAUCAUCAUCGUCGUCACGGUUUUGUUCUUGAUUCAGCCCUCAGUUUUUGCUCUCUUUGGAGGGUUUUUGGGGCUCUUGCCUUUCGGAUUUGAUCUCCCUAGGGUUUUCCAGCUGUUGUACCCAUGUCUAAGCUCCUUGAAUUCAGUGGUGGUGAUGAUUUUUGCCCUAGUCCCAUGGACUCAAUUCUCUUUUUGUCCCUUGGCCAUCAAGUGGAUGUGUAUUUUCCUUCUCGCAAGAGGUCUCGCAUCAAUGCUCCCUUUGUAUUUAGUGGAGAAAAAGUCGACGAGAAGAAACAGGCUUCGAUUGAAGUCCUCCCCGAUGAAUGUCUCUUUGAGAUUUUCAGACGUCUUCCGGUUGGAGGGCAGGAGAGGAGUGCCUGUGCUGGUGUUUCCAAGCGGUGGCUUAUGCUUUUAAGUACAAUCUGCAGAGAUGAACUCUCAACCAUCAAAAGCGGUGAGGCUUCAGAGCCCGAGGAAGGGGACAAUGCCACCGCUAUGCAACCUGAGCUCAUCAAGUCUGAUAAGAAGGACGGGUUUGUUCAAUCUAAUGUUUCUGAAGUUCAAGAUAACGAGGAAGGCGAUGGAUUUCUUUCCAGGUGCCUUGAUGGGAAGAAGGCUACAGAUGUCAGACUUGCUGCUAUUGCUGUUGGAACUGCAAGGCGGGGAGGAUUGGGGAAGCUAUCUAUUAGAGGAAACAACUCCUUCCGUGGUGUGACCGAUUCUGGCCUCAAGGCAAUUGGUCGAGGCUGUCCUUCUCUCAGGGCUCUUUCUCUCUGGAACAUUUCAUCCAUAAGUGAUGAAGGUUUAUUCGAGAUUGCAAGUGGGUGCCAUCAGCUAGAGAAGCUCGACCUUUGCCAAUGCCCGGGAAUUACUGAUAAAUCGUUGAUGGCCAUUGCAAAAAGCUGCCCCAAUCUCGCUUCGGUAACUAUAGAAUCUUGUUUGAAAAUUGGGAACGAAAGCCUGCAAGCUUUUGGCAAAUACUGCCCCAACUUGAAGUUUAUUACACUGAAGAACUGCCCCCUCGUCGGGGAUCAAGGAAUUGCGAGUCUUUUCUCAUCAGCCGGUAACCAUCUUAUGAAGGUCAAGCUCCAGUCGUUGAACAUCAGUGACAUCUCUCUAGCUGUUAUUGGACAUUAUGGUGUUGCGUUGACUGACCUAGCCCUAAUUAAUCUUCAAAACAUAAACGAGAGGGGCUUCUGGGUCAUGGGUUCCGGUCAAGGUUUACACAAGUUGAGGUCCCUCGUGAUAACCGCUUGCCAAGGAGUUACGGAUUUGGGGAUUGAAGCUGUCAGUAAAGGCUGCCCAAACGUGAAACAACUUUGCCUCCGAAAAUGUACUCUUCUGUCUGACAAUGGUGUGGUUUCUUUCGUUAAAGCUGCAGAGUCAAUUGAGAGCCUGCAGUUAGAGGAAUGCCACCGGAUCAGCCAGGCAGGGGUUUUCGGUAUUCUUGUACACUCUGCUGGGAAACUGAAGGCUCUUGCUUUCGAGAACUGUUUUGGAAUGAAGGAUUUGGCAUUUGGGGUUCCGGCAUUGCCUCCUUGCAAUUCUCUAAGAUCUUUGUCAAUUUGUAACUGCACUGGAUUCGGUGAUGCUAGCUUGGUCGUUUUGAGUCGACUUUGCCCUAACCUCGUGCAUUUGAACCUCAGUGGCCUUAAUGGCGUUACCGAUUACGGGCUUCUCCCCUUUGUCCAGAGCUGCGAUGCCGGUUUAGUCAAGGUGAAUCUAAGUGGAUGCAUUAAUGUAACGGACAAAACAAUUUCAGCCAUUGCUAAACUACACGGGGAGACUCUCGAGCUGCUCAAUCUUAACGGUUGUGGAUGCGUUACCGAUGCAAGUUUAGCCGCAAUUGCAGACUAUUGCUCAGUUCUGCGCGAUCUUGAUAUUUCCAAAUCUCGAGUCUCUGAUUUUGGUAUUGCAGCAUUAGCCGGUGGCAGUGCGAUUCAGUUUAGCUUGCAAAUCCUUUCGCUAUCGGGGUGUGUUUUGGCAUCCGACAAGUGCUUGCCUUACUUGCAUAAGUUGGGCAAUAGCCUUGCGGGCUUGAACAUACAGAAUUGCGUUGGAAUCAGCCACCGCGGGGUUGAUUUGCUCGUGGAAAGACUCUGGAGGUGCGAUAUCCUCUCGUGAACCUAAUCGGCCGUUCGAGUUUGGGGUAUCUGAAGUAGUGUCUGUUGUCCAGUUAUGUUCUCGGUUUGUAGUUUACUUUUUGGGUCCAUCGUGGGUUCUCGUGGUCUGGUGUGUCAGCUCCUCUUUUUCCAGCGAGCAUGGCUGUUUUUCAAAUUUUUUGCAGCUUCCACAAGCUGUUUCGAGAAUUUUUUUCUCUGGGUCUCGCCCGGGGAGUCUCAUUCUCCACAGCCAUUCUUCCCUGAGAAUACAGAUGCUGGCAUUCUGGAUCAAAGAUUCUUGAUGGUCUUCGUCAGGUACUAGCUUACAUUCAACCAAAAAAAAAAAAAAAGAAAAAAAGAAAACGAAGAAAAAAGAAAAAAAAAAAAAAAAAAGGUUUUUAGCUUCUAGCCUUGCAAUGGUUGUGUAACAAUGUUAGGCUAAGGUUGUGUUUAAGGUUAUCUAGUUUGUCGAGGUGUGUUAACUUCCUAGUUUGAUGUCGACUCUUGCACGUGGUCGAGCCUUUUGGGUCGUUCGCGUGUUGGUUUGGGUCGUUGUUGGUCGGUCGAUCGCUUGUUCCAUCCUCGAUCCCGUACCCGCGGUUGCUUUUGGCAGUUCUAGGUCUGAUGCUUCGCUCCCGGGGGCGUUGGCCGGGGCAGCCACUUCUACUUUGUUUGGCUGCCUCAAACAACCUUUUUGGUUGUUUUUUUCUGGUUUUUGCCCAACCCCUAGUUUUGCAAGCAUCUCUUUGUUUAGCUCAACUGUCCCAUGCAACCUUCUUUGUGUUCUAUGUAAUAUUCAUGGAAGUGCUCAUUCUACCUUGUAAGACUUUGAAAAAAAGACCCAAAAAUAUGUAAUAAAUUUAGCUUUAUUAUGUUUGUAUA